CCUGGUGCGCGUUUCAGUCUUCCUUUCUCACCUUGAUUUUCUCUCUCUCUCUCUCCCUCCCCCCUCUCUCUCUCUCUUUAUAUAUAUAUAUAUAUAUAUAUAUAUAUAUAUAUAUAUAUAUAUAUAUAUAUCUCGCUUCUUUUUUAAAACAAGAAUGGAUCCUAUACCGUUUGUUAGUUGCAGUCGUCUUAGACAAGUCCAACAACUCCUUGGUGAUGAAUUAGAUGCUGUCUUAUGUAUUACAGGUAUUGACAGUUUAUAUAACAAAGGUUGUCAUCAAUUGUCGAAAUACCUCUUCUUUGAUGCCUUUGAUCAGAAACAGACGGACAGCAAGAGAUUUCCUGAUGAACUUAUUGAUGAUGUCAUCCUCCUGAUAAAGCGUAACUGUGUCCACGUCUACUGCAACCCAUUCAACUGUGACAUCGUUCUGCCCUACGCCACCAGCUGGCACAAUCUCUGUCUCCAUUGCCUGGAUUCUGACCAGUUCCAAGAGACAGAUAAAGCUGAAGACUUCAAGAUAAACAGUUUCAUUGCAAUGGUCACUGGUUGCCGAUGUAUUGGUGUGUGUUACAGUGCUACAGAAGAACCUGAGACUUUCCAUUUUAUGGACAUCGAGAAAUGGCCUCUGGUGCAGGCAUUUGCAAAUGAAAGUUACCAAAGUCAAGGUUUCUUCACCAUGCUGUAUCAAGUGAAGGACAUCAGUGAGACGGUCCAGCCUCUCUUCUCUGUCGUCGACUGGACAUACCUGGAGAAUAUCAUCACAAAGCAUCUUCCCAGUUUUGAACAUCAAUGGAGUGUGAUGAUACAGUCUACAGCACAUGCCAUACAGUCUGGUAAAGGGGAGAUAACUGAGUCCGGAAUCAGAGAACCACUGGAGACUUAUUAUAAGCAUGCAUGUUUGAACACACAACACCAACAACAAUACACUGACAGGUAAAGAAGCUCUUCUUCUUCUUCCUCCUCCUCCUCCUCAACUUUCUCCUUAUGUGUGUAUGUAUGUG